GCUACCUUCACGUCCAGCGGCAGGGGCGGAGGAGAAGAGAGGGAAGGAAGAGAGCGGACGAACAAGAAAAAAAAAUCAGAGGCGGCAUAUGGGACCAACACGAUUUUUUUUUUUCACUCUUACGGACAAUGGCUUGGUGUUCGAGGUUCCUGUUUUUCCAUCGUCGUCUGGCAUCUCGGGGCGUGAUACCGCUACGGCUGGUUAUUACUCCGUGUCGCUCGACUUUUUAAGAAAGGUAAACCGUCGGAUGCCUCGCAGCUCACUCAGUUGAUUGAGUGAUGGCUUUUUCUUCGUCGUGAUAUGUGGUUCUACCGUUG